AUGGACUUUCUUCGUUCCAAGCGGUCGAAAAUCCACCAAUCCGUCGGGGAUGACCGUCCUGCAAAACGUAUAUCGACACCUGCCGGCCAGCGCCUCUCCACAAUACUCGACGCGACGCGAUCCAAGCCUUCCGCCACGAGCAAGAUCAACGUUACCACUACUAGUACCUACUGCAACGACCCAACACAUCAACACAUUGGCCCGGUACAGCAUGGACAUAAAAGCACGAGGAAGCAUGGCAUGGUCUCGGUAUUGACGGGUGGUAGGCUGGGCGAGACGCCAAGGGAGAGCAGUGAGGAUCGCACACCUAAUGGCAGUAAUCUUAGCGUCAGUGUGUGGAGCGACAAGGAAGCAGAGAACUUUGAACAAAUAAGAAAACGGAGGCGCAGGGGGAUUGCAGGUUGGGGGUGGAAAAGACUGGCUAUCAUUGGCGCUAUGGUCGCUGCACUGAUCAUAGCCCUAGCGGUUGGACUCGCUGUGGGGUUGAAGAAGAAGAAGUCCUCAGGCAGCAGUACACCCGCAACUGCGACUGCGACUAGUGACAGCAGCACCAGUACCCAAACUGAUGCGCCGCCUCUGUCACCGACGUCCACUCUCACGCCUUCUGCUAUUCCAUCUAACUUCCCAGUUGGCUCCUACUCCCUCGUUACGUUCCUCGACACUGUAAACACAGGCUGCACUGCGAACCCUGACACAUGGACAUGCGCCCCCUUCACCAACUACUAUACCGACCCACAAAAGGCCCUCACAGUCCUGAAUUGGGAAAUCACCGGGUCCGCAGGCUCCUAUAAGAUUUCCUCGAAAGGGCAAGACAGCACAUUCGGCACUACCUUUCAGAACGAGAAACUGCAGUUAUUAGAUGCAGGGAAGGAUCAAGAACGAUAUCGAUUCCAGUUCAGUCGGUCGAAGACGGUCAACAUGACAGGAAGCCUGGGAAAGGAGAAGGGUGACUUUGCUUGUGCCUUCGGGUCGACGACUCUGCAGGGGUCUCUGUACACGAAGAUGCACAGGACAUUCCCAGCGGACACGAUAGCAGUCAGCGGGGCUACUAGCAAUGUCUGGCCUUAUGCUGUACGCGUCGAACAGUCAGUAGCCGGUGGUGAAAACGUACCGUCCUGCAAGAAGUCUUCUGGUGAGUCGGUCACCGGUAGCCUCAAGGCGCAAGAAGCGGGAACUCUUUGCUCGUGUCUGUACAAGAACUGGACGCCGGCCCUAUAA